AGAAAUAUGUCGAUAUUAUAUAGGUCCGUAACUGGCAAUGCUGGGAAGGUAAACAAACAAAUGUGAAGGAAACUUGUGAAUGAUUAUCACCGAUUAGCUUCGCAGCCCCAAUAACAGCAACAACAACUGUGAACCAUGAAAUGCACCAUCGGAACAACAAAUGUGAAAGACUUUGGGAGAGCCAUACAUGCUCUGGCCAAAGUUGGAGAGGAGCUGUACAUAGAGCCAAGCCAGUCUGGGGUCUCCUUUCGCACCAUCAGCUCAUCACGGUCAGCAUACUUCUCUUACAACUUUGGAAAUUCCUUCUUCACAUUCUAUGACAGUGGCUUGGGAGGCCAGACUCCAGCAUCUGGAGAAGACACAUUCAGGUGUAAAGUUGCUAUGAAGGCAGUGUUGAAUAUAUUCAAAGGAAUUCACAACCUAGAACGAACUGUUCAGCGAUGUAAAUUAACCUUGAAAUGGGAGGAAGCCAAAUUGAUUAUCCAGCUUACCUGUCAUUAUGGGAUUGUCAAGACACACAACUUAUCCUUUAUAGAAUGUGAUGCUUUGCAGGCUGUGUAUGACAAGGAAUCCUGUCCCAACCACAUGGUGAGUGACUCCCGAGUGCUGCUUGGUGCCCUGUCCAGCUUUCAUCAGCAGACUUUGGAGGAAAUAUCAUUUUGCUUCACACCUCGCAAUCUCAUAUUGAAAUCUCAUGUAGAGGAACCAGAUCCUAGCAAAGUUGUCCACACGGUAGUUACACUGACACGUGGAGAGUUUGAAGAUUACAACAUCAUGAGUAACUGUGAGUUAACAGUUUGUCUGAAAGAAAUAAGAGCACUCUUGGCAUUCACUGGGUCAACUGGUAUCUCCACAAAAGCAUAUUUCUCUGGUCCUGGCAGCCCUAUCAUCUUCACCUAUGAUAGCAAACCUCUGUAUGAAGGCACCCUAGUACUGGCAACCUUGGUUCAGAAGCCUGAAGUUGGGACUCAUCCUGCAAGCAAGUCCUGUCAUGAACCACGGGCUUCCACUUCAAUAAGGAAAGCUUCUAUGAAUAACACCUUAAGAGCCAGUGAAAUAUCUAUGAUGCAAAACAACCUUCCAAACACAACCAGUGGUGACAUAGCUGCAGAUGUCACAGUACAAAAUAUUACUGUUGCAUUGGACAACUCAAGAGUUGAAGAUAUACCACACCAGCAGAAAGAUGUUGUUAGGGGUGACACUUCUCACAGUGAGCCAAUAGUGCCCUUGUUAAGGAAUAAUAACAAAGCAGCACAAGAAGAAGAGGAAGAUAGUGACACAGUACCAUCAUCACCUCCUGCAAAAAAGAGCAGAUUCUUUUUCCGACGCUGCUUUGAAGCAACUUUUAACCCUGAUACUCUGCCUGGCCAUAAUGUCAUCCUUGCAGAGGACUCUGAUGAAGGAGAUUAGUAGUUAUAAGAAUGUAAAGGGAGCUGGAAGAAGCCAUUAGGCCUACACAUUGCAUUCCCCAUAUAAAACACAUAUCUACCUUUCAUCUCUAUCCAUAAAUUUUUCUAAUCUUUUAAAGCUUCCAGUUGACUCUGCACUAAUGACUGAGUCUUCCAUUCAUCAACUUUUCUCUUUGAGAGUAAAUUUCUUCCUAUCAUUUUUUUUUUUCAAAAAUUUUACUUUAUCAACCUCGUCAACUCAAUACUUGUAUGGUGGGUGUGUGGAAAGUAUCAAGCAGAAUGCCAAAAAAUAUUUUACUUUACUUUAUGGCAUCAUAUUUUCAGUCCUGCAGUGGUCUUCAGUAAUUGAAUUGUAAUUUCAGUAAAGUAGGACUGCCCUUAUCCUGUUGAAUCACAGUUUAGUUGGGUGGGUUUAUUAUUGUACUUAUUUAGGAUGUCAUGUAAACUUCAUUGUGCACCAUAUUUUAUUUUGUAGAAUUUUUCACAUAUUUCAUGGUAAUUUAAUUUUAAUUUUGACUUAUUUUUAUGAUUUUCAAUUCCUAAUACCUUCAGCUGGUGUUUGUGUGUAAUCACUGAGAAAUGUCUGAAGGCAGGAUUAAUUACCCAUGAAAUGUGAUUGCUGGGGAUAAACCUUUGCAAAACACUGAAGGUAAAUGUGAUUCCACCAAUUUACCAAUGAGUGCUCACCAAGACCCGAGUGAAUGUUAGUUGCCCUUGAAUGCUCCAUUACUAUAUUAGGUUUAUAACAAAAGGAUUUUGAACAAUGUUCAUGUUGCCUUUUAGUUAUGUUGACUUGUUUCUAGUUUAUUUUUAGACUUUUCUCUUCUUAUGCCAUGUUCCCUUCCAGACCAUUCCAAAUGUUAGUGGUUCUAUUUGGAAAACUGAAUUUCUUCCUACCUUCUUUCUUAGUUUACAUAUGUUGAGGUCCUCACAUUAUUGUAAUAUCCCUUAUAAAAAGUCUUGUCAGGAUUGUCAAGUUCCUUUAUUAAUCAUAGGUCAUGAGUCAGUCUCUUUUUGUAGUUCAUAUUAGCAGCAUAUAAUUGUCAUAUCUUUCUCAACAUUUGAUGGCUGUCAUCCACAGGAUCAUUAUCUUUUCUAGGUUCUAUCUUUGCCUCUGCAGACUUUGUGUUUGUUAUCUUUUGGCUAUAAUCUUAUAUAAUACUUAUUUCUGUAAAUUUAUUAUUGUAUUUGAUUAUUUCUUAUAUUUCAUUUAUCAACAUGUUUAAUUUUACCAUUACCAUUACCUCAGAAGUUUGUAAUGUCUGAUGGAACUUAUUUAUUAGAACAUGCUCAGGCUAUGCUCUUUUUUCAUGCAAGAUAGCAAAAUAUUGGAAACAUGUCUGUGAUAAUACAUUACUAUAAGACAUAAAAAGAAAUGUCUAUUUUUGUACAUAAAUGAAUUUUUUUUU